AAAAUAAAUUUUAAUCAAAAUGGGCGACACUUUGGAUGAGUCGCCGCCCACGCGUCGCGAUAAGCCACAGACAUUGAACAUUAGCCAAGAAGAUAGAGGCGAUUCAUCAUCGACUUCCACGACCUCCUCCGCAACGCGUUCUCCUCGUCCACGCUUACGCCAACCACCGGUGGUCGGCUGUGAACCACAACGUGAUCAUUCCAGUGAUGGCAUCAGUUCGUCAAGCCAUCGAAAUGAUGAAUUUUCAGGCCUAGCGGCACCGCCACGUCGCGAAAGUUUGAAUACCUGUGAGACGGCAUCGACAACAACGGCAACGACAAUGGCAAGCAGUCCCAGUGCAAAUAUUGCUCCUGGUGUCGGUUAUUCCAACAAAGCUUCAGCCGGACGGCUAAGCACGUCCUCCAGGUACCCGUCUAGCGUUGCAGGGGGCGGUGGUGGUGCUGGGAGCAGCGCUGGUCUUAGUAGCGUUUUGAUGGGCACCACCACCCGCAAAUGCGUCUUAACGCUGGACGGGUACUCCUACGUUAUAGUUGCCAGCACACCCGAGACUCUGCCCGGCAAGCAACAGUCGCAGCAACAGCAACGUGACGAGGCCAAUUCUGGUGCGGGAGGCAGCAGCGGCAUUAGCAAUUCAUCUGGUGGUGGUGGCAGCAAUAUAAUUGGUGGUGGCACAACGCCAGGAGCAGGUGGUGCCCCAAGUUCAUUCGCAACGUCCGGCAGCAGCGCUGAGAGUCCCACACUCUGUGACCUGGGCCCAAAUGCGACAAUAAAUGGUCAAGUGGCAAGACAUGGUUCACUGACCAUUAUACGGCGCACAAAUAGCAGAAAUUUCUCACAAAUCGACGCUCAACAAUCAACAAUCAGCACACACCACCAGCAACUUACCUCGCCAUCACCAGCUUCUAGUGGACCGGCCUCAUCAUCAGCUGGUAAUAUCAAUUAUUUCCAAACGCCACUGAGUGAGCCACUUGCCGAGCGUUUAAAUUCCCGUACACAAAAUACAAACGGAUCAUCAUCGAGAUCUGUUGAGGGCACUGCAUCAAGCAAUCAAUAUCAAUUGCCUGGGACACAUAACGCAGCAACUUCCGCCUACUCAGCCGCUGGCACUGCCUCCUACAGCCAGAAAAUGCAACCGUCGUCACCAAAUCCAACCAAUUAUUCGCCCGAUAAUGUGCAAGUUGCGUCGAAUACAACAUCGGCCCACGAUAUGACUGCGGGCGGUCGCGAAUCGGCUGAAUAUCAGUCAUCAAUAAAUACAAAUAGAAUUUCUCUAAUGCGUAGCGAAAAUCCGUCGGAUUCAGUGCAUUCGUUUGAAACAACCUCGAAUAUAUCGGUAUCGCCAUCGCAAUGGGAUACGGAAAAUUUGCCACCAGUCGAUACGCCAGAUGCCCUAAACAAAGCGGCUGUGAGAAUACGUGGUCUUCUCCGCCGCAUGGAUUACGAGACCGUGGCAUAUGAGGAUAUGCAACGCAAUUUGCAUUAUGCUGCUCGUGUUCUCGAAGCAGUCUUCAUUGACGAAUCAAGAAGCCCCACAACAGGUAAAACAAAAUUGGGGCAGAUUGCGUCCUCAUCCGUUGAGAGCGAAGAUGAGUCAACUGUUAGCAAGGAGCGUUGUAAUGGUAAUUGUAAGAAUCUUAACUGCAGUCAGCAUAGUCAUAGUAAUGCAGGACAACAGCCACAGCAGCAGGAUAACAACAAUACAAAUAGUAAUUGCAGUUUGCAAAAGGAGCAAAAGGAGGAGGAAAGACAGCAGGACAAUCAGACAAGUAUAGAGAGUCGCACCAAAGGUGUUUCGCUGGCACCACAAACACACAGUGGACCAACUGGCCCGCCAUUAGCAGCAGCCUCAGAAAAAGAAGAACAGACGGCGGCAAUACCAGGUGAUGAUGAUGGUGGUGAGGCUAAAACCAAAACUGGAACAACAACGGCUCUUGAGUCAGUCACGGAAGAGCACUCGUCCUUAUCCAAACCAGCAACAACAACAACAACUGCUACAGAAUUAAGUGCUCCUCCUGCGGUUACAUUUGGUGAACCUGCUCCAUCUCCUUCCUUGAUCAGUGCGGCUCAAAGUGUUUCCAGCAGUAGCAGUUGCAGUAAUAAAGCGACCGUUACCGUUCAGCGACAAAGACGACUGCGUACACCUGUCUGGGCGAGAUCAAUGUCCACAAAUAAAACGCGCCUGGCCGAUGAGGAUGACGAGUUAUCGGAAGUGCAACCGGAUGCGGUGCCGCCGGAAGUACGGGAAUGGUUGGCCUCAACCUUCACCCGUCAAAUGGCCACCAGCAAACGUAAGAGCGAUGAGAAGCCAAAAUUUCGAUCGGUGGCCCAUGCCAUUAGGGCGGGCAUCUUUGUGGAUCGCAUUUAUAGACGUGUCUCCAGUUCGGCACUAAUGCAAUUUCCACCCGAUGUGGUUAAGUUGCUUAAGAAUCUUGACGAUUGGACUUUCGAUGUUUUUGCCCUGACUGAGGCAGCCAGUGGUCAGGUGGUUAAAUAUGUUGCCUAUGAUCUGCUCAAUCGCUAUGGCGUGAUACACAAAUUCAAAAUCGCACCGGUCACCUUGGAGGCAUUCCUACAUCGGGUCGAGGAGGGUUAUUGUCGUUACCGCAAUCCAUAUCAUAAUAAUCUGCAUGCCGUCGAUGUGAUGCAGACAAUGCACUAUUGCCUAUGCAAUACUGGUCUAAUGAACUGGCUAACAGAUUUGGAGAUAUUUGCCUCGCUAUUGGCUGCUCUAUUGCAUGACUAUGAGCAUACGGGUACCACAAAUAAUUUUCAUGUUAUGUCGGGAUCGGAAACAGCUUUAAUGUACAAUGAUCGAGCUGUGCUGGAGAAUCAUCAUGUUAGUGCCAGUUUUCGUCUAUUGAAGGAUGAUGAAUAUAAUAUAUUGACGCAUUUGUCACGCGAGGAAUAUCGUGAAUUGAGAACUUUAAUUAUUGAUAUGGUCCUGGCCACCGAUAUGACUUGCCAUUUCCAGCAAUUAAAGACUAUGAGGAAUUUACUAACCCUUCAGGAGGCCACCAUAGACAAAUCGAAGGCAUUGUCUGUGGUCUUGCAUUGUUGUGAUAUCUCCCACCCGGCCAAACAGUGGGGUGUCCAUCAUCGUUGGACAAUGCUGCUGCUGGAGGAAUUCUUUCGUCAGGGCGAUUUGGAAAAGGAAUUGGGCUUACCGUUUAGUCCGCUUUGUGAUCGUAAAAAUACAUUGGUUGCCGAAUCGCAAAUUGGUUUCAUUGAUUUCAUUGUGGAGCCAAGUAUGUCGGUUCUAUCCGAUAUGCUGGAAUAUAUACUGGGACCCAUCGCCCCAGUAUUGAAGCCAAAACCCUCACCAUUGCUCGAGGAAGGUGCUGAUGGAGCGCAAGAUCAAAAUUCAGGGGCAGCGGGCAGCGGGCCAGUGGAAUCCAAGCGAGAUACUGAAGCCAAAACCGGUGACGGCACCAUUACCAUGGCCAGAAAAAGUUUACCCACCGGUAGCAAUACAGCCAAAUUCACCAUACCCAAGCCAUGGCUUGGUUGCCUUGUCGAGAACAAGAAAAUCUGGAAGGAGCAGGCCAUCAAAGAUGCUGAGGCCCGAGCUUUGGCUGCCGCUGCAGAGGAACUUGCCGCCAAUGCAAUAGAAGACGAGACAGUUUCUGCGGCCAUUGAGGCAAAGCCAGAGCCAGAGACGACACCAAGUGAAGAACAGAAUGCGGCAGGCGGUGGAGAGGAUGCAGCUGCUGCCAAUUAAAUUGGCCAUCCUAGCAAAUAUUUAUAUAUAUAUAAGAACUUACCCAUUAAACAACAGUUAAGCACAUAUAGCAAGAAGUCUAUCAAACAUAAUAAUAAUAAUAAUUUCUCAGAAACAAAAAGCAGCAAAUACUGUAAAAACACAAAAAAACCCCAACUAACCAACUAAAAUAAACAUCAACAAAAAAAAAUCAAACAUUUCAUUAAAAUUUAAAAAAAAAAAUGCAUAUAAAACGCUUCUUAUAAGCUCUCUAUGUUAUAGAAAAAAACAAAACCAACACAGAAAUAAUAGAAAAUAAUUUGUUGU